AUGGGUUUCCAUCAAGACUACAUAACCUGGCUAAUGCAAUGCAUCUCUACAGUCUCCUACUCUUUCUUAAUAAAUGAGGAAGUUUUGGGUUCAGGUAUACCUUCUCGCGGGAUACGCCAUGGUGACCCUCUCUCUCCUUAUGUGUUCAUCUUCUGCGGAGAGUUUCUCUCUGGAAUGUGUAGGAAAUCACAACUGGAUAGGAAAUUGGCUGGAAUUAAAGUCGCCACACAUAGCCCGCGGAUCAACCACCUCCUGUUUGCUUACGACACCAUGUUUUUCGUCCACUCGGACCCUAAUAGCUGCUUAACACUCAAAACAAUUUUAAAUGAUUAUGAGACAGCAUCGGACCAGAUGAUUAGUGCAAGUAAAUCUUCUAUCACCUUCUCAGCAAAAAUAACACCCGAAGAAAAACUACGUAUAAAGCAAACUAUGGGCAUUGAGAAAGAGGGUGGAAUAGGCAAAUACCUUGGGCUCCUGAAGCACUUUGGCAGGAACAAAAAAGAUCUCUUCGCCUCGAUCGUGGACCAAAUCAAACAAAAAGCAAUCAGCUUAGCCUCUAGACAACUAUCUCAAGCUGGCAAACUGACUAUGCUAAAAUCAAUCCUCUCUUUAAUGCCAACCUUUGCAAUGACGUGCUUCGAACUACCCGGAAGUCUCUGCAAACGCAUUCAUUCAACGUUAACAACAAGGUUCUGGUGGGAUCCAAGCGAAACAAAGAAAAGAAUAUGCUGGGUAUCUUGGGAUAAAUUGACAAAACCCAAAAACAUAGAGGGUCUAGGUUUCAGGGACAUCCAACAAUUCAACAGAGCAUUACUGGGGAAAUUAGCGUGGCGUAUAGUUACCAAGCCUGAUUGUCUCAUGGCUAGAACUCUCUUGGAAAAAUAUUGCCACAACAAAGCUUUCCUCAAAACCACCUAUAGUGCUUCAGCUUCACAUGGAUGGCGUGGGGUUCUGAAAGGAAGAGACGUCCUGAUCCAGCACCUGGGGAAAGUCGUCGGCAAUGGAAACUCCAUAAGGCUUUGGCAUGACCCGUGGCUAUCAACUUCAUCUCCCAAAGCAGUAGAGGGGCCUCUGACUUUAGAUGAUAAAGAUCUUGCUGUAGUGGAUGUCCUGACCCGGGAAACAUGCAUCUGGAAUAGAGCCGCCCUCGAGAAGCAGUUCCCAACAUUACUAGAUGAAAUACUUCUAUUGCAUCCAAGCACAACCGGAGCUGAAGACUCCUAUGCAUGGCUUCAACCCUCCUCCGGCUCAUACACAACAAAAUCAGUCUACAUGUCUCUGCAAAGGAAGGGAGCUCUCCAAGAACUCAAUGCUAGAUUACUUGCAAGUUUCAAUUGGUAUCGAUUUGUUUGGAACACACAAGCGUUUCCAAAAAUACAAGUCUUCUUAUGGAAAACCAUCCAGAACGUACUACCUACAGAAGAAAAUCUACAAAAAAAGGUCUACUCUCUAACACAAAGUGUAUUAGAUGCGGAGAACAAGAGACUACCUUGCAUCUCUUCUUCCAUUGCAAGUUUGCACAACAAGUAUGGAACCUGGUUCCAUGGUCAUCUCCCUUUCUACCCCUGCAGGCUUCAAACUUUGCGGAGGAACUCGACAGAUCCCGCCACCGUCUAA